AUGCAGCUGGGGAGCGUUUUGUGCAAGUGCGAAAAACAAGCCCUCUGCUAUACAACUUCAAGUUUGAGCGCUAUAAACAGCCUGAUGGUGCAGUUGGUGGAGCGGCAAGUACAUCCCGGAUACCCGUGUUCGAAACAGAUUAAAUGCAGUUUGAGUUUUGCCGGGCGCUUCGCGCGUGGCGGCCUGCGGCCUAUCUCGUCACGUGGUGGUUUCUUUGCGCGCAGCGUACUGAGGUCCCUCCACUCUUGGGUCCUUCUUGGUGCCGGCUGGUUCCUCGUCGCCUUCGUGGUGGCCAUCGGUCCGACAGCGAUCGAAAACCCCAGUCGCGGGCCAUAUUUCGGUCCCACCGGCUUCUGGUGCUGGAUCACGGAUGAGUACCCGAAGGAGCAGUUCUUCCUCGAGUAUUUCUUCGAGUUUGUCUCCGCCUUCCUGUCCUUCUUCAUGUACACCGCUGUCCUCCUCCGCGUACGCGGGAACCUGAUCCGGGACAACAAGGGGAAAUGGCACCUCCGCUUCGUCGCCCGCGGCGAGCGCUGGCGGCUUGCGAUCCGGCGCGACUCAGUCGACGAGGCGAUGAUGAAUGUCGCCGCUCGGAUGAUCUGGUACCCGGUACGUAGCCUACACCAUCCUCCUCACGCCCGUCACCGCGCGCGCUUCUGGGCGUUUGGCGGGCACGAGGUGCCCUUCCGCGCGACGAUCUUCGCCGACUUCGUCUUCAACCUCCAGGGCGUCGCCAACGUCCUCCUUCUCCUCAUCACCCGCCGUUUCGUCCCUCAUAGCGUGGACACGCUCCCGAUCUUCGCACCCCGGAAGCACGUGAGCAUGAGCUCACCCGAGGCGUUCGGCAUCACGCCCUAUGUGCUCCCCCUGCCCCCACGCGAUGGGGACGAGGAGAAAACCGCGGACGCGGAUCGCCCACGGAGAAGGACAUCGGCGCAGACUGCGGGCUUUGCUGCGCUAGCCGCGUCCGACUCGGGCAAUACCCCCUUACUUCAGCUACUGAACGAUAUGUGGCCGUUUGGCUCGAGACGUUCAACCCUGCGAAGGGAUCUGAUUGGUAAGGUUGCGAUUGUCACCGGGGGAAACACCGGGAUUGGCUGCGCGUCCGUCAAGCAUCUCGUUGGCCGCGGGCAAAGGUGUAUAUGGGGCACGCAGGAGGCGCGCGCGAAGGCCGCCAUCGAGCGACUGUACACGGAGCUGGGCUCGAUGGCGGCCAGCGUCGAGUGGUUCCACCUCGACUUGAGCGCGGUCAAGGGUGUGAAGGAAGCCGCCGGGAAGUUUAUGGCGAAGGAGAGUAGGUUGGACAUUCUCAUCAACAAUGCUGGAGUCCUUCAGAAAGAUGCGGCCAUGGCCCCGGAAGGAAUUCUGGACACAAUGUUUUGCAACUACUUUGGAACGUACAUCUUCACCCAGAUCCUGCUGCCCAUCCUGACCAAGACUGCACGAGGACCGAAUGCCGACGUGCGCAUCGUCAUGAUGCCCGGUAAUGACGAGCAAGCGCAGAUGGGCUCCGACUCUUUCGGAGUGCUCAAAGACCGCGAGGUUCACUUCCGCACCAUAGACGACUACAACGAGACGUUCGAAGACAUGAAGGACCCCGCCAAGCCCGAUACAACGAAGCUCGCGAACACGCUCUACACUAUCGCGCUCCAGAAGCACCGUCACGGUGCUCACCGCCGACCCAGGCUGGUUGUGGAGCGAGGGCGCGUCGAGCCUGCCGGCGUUCCAGAGCGCGUCAUGCUGCCCCUGGUCUGGAUCCUGCGCGCUCGGGAGGCCGGCGCGCCGCAGGGGGAGAGCGAGGCGCUCGCGGACGAGCUGUGGGCGAGCACGGAGGAGAUCGUGAAGGGCUGGGGACUUUGA